AUGGCGGCCGCCAAGAAGAUUGUGCAGACUCCACUGGUGUGCCAUGGUCACACUAGGCCCAUCGUGGAGCUUCAGUUCAGCCCCGUCACCCCCGACGGCAUCUUCCUGGCCUCUGCCAGCAAGGACGGGCAGCCCAUGCUGCGCAACGGCGAGACGGGGGACUGGGUGGGGACGUUCCAGGGGCACAAGGGCGCCGUGUGGUCGUGCGUGCUCAACGACGCCGCCGUGGUGGCCGCCACCGGAUCCGCCGAUUUUACCGCCCGCGUGUGGAACGCCACCACGGGGGACGAGCUGCACCAGUUCCAGCACAAGCACAUCGUGCGCAGCGUGUCGUUCGCGCGCGGCGACGCCGCCUGGCGCCUGUGCACCGGCGGCGCCGAGAAGCUGCUGCGCAUCUACGACCUGCAGCGGCCAGAUGCGGCGCCCACGGGCGAGUGGGGAGCGGAGGGGCAGCUCAGCAAAGCGCAGGACAACAUCCGCGUGACGCACUGGAUAGGCGACAACCAGCUGCUGCUGGUGUCCUACCUUGACAAGCCAAACGUGGACGUGUGGGAUGUGCGGAUGGGUGAGGUGGCGCGCAGCCUAGGCAGCCAGGGGACGGUGACGAGCAUAGAGGUGACGCCCUGCGGCCGCUACAUCGUCACGGCGGAUGGGAAGCAGGUGGACUUCCGGGAUGCGGCCAGCUUUGACCUGGUGAAGAGCCACGCGUGUGAGGGGUAUGAGGUGGAGUCGGCCAGCUUUGCGCCGGAGAGGGGCAGGUUUGUGACGGGCGGCAGCGACAUGUGGGUGCGCCUGCACGACUUCGAGACGGGGCAGGAGCUGGAGGUGUGCAAGGGCCACCACGGCCCCGUGCACAACGUGCGGUUUGCCCCCGGCGGCGCCACCUACGCCUCUGGCUCAGAGGACGGCACGAUACGCAUCUGGCGCACCGACUUUGCGGCAGAGGCGGCGGCGGCGGCGGCGGCGGCGGCCAACGGCGACGCGGCAGCAGCAGCGGAGGACGGGCUGGGAUAG